AUGUCUUUCUCUCCUCCAAGCAACGCGCUGGCCCUGAAGCGUAAGUUGCAGCAAGCCGACUCUCGCGAGCCUGCGACGAAGCGACAUCAUCUCCAAGGCUACGACCCGCAGGCACCAUGGCUGUCCGAGGCGAAACCGCUGAACGGCUGGCGCACCCUUGGUGAUCCGGCCGUCCAUAGCUCGAUGCCCCUGGCCAAUAUGGUCUCUGCCGUCCAGGACCUGAUCGACCCUGACUUUGAUCCAUUGACUGCCAUACUGGAUGAGGAGCCACGGUUUCUGAAGCCGCUGCCAGAUCGCAUAUGCUCCGAGGACUUGGAGUUCUUGCGUUUUCGUGAGGCGCUUUCGAUUCCGGAAAGUGGCUUGCGCAAUGAGUUGCUACGCUCGUAUAUCCAGUGGGUGCACAGUUUCAUGCCCGUGCUGAAUUUACAGGAGUUCCUACGAUGUGUGGCGGAGAACGAUCCAAAUGGGAACGUCAGCAUUCUUCUGUUUCAGGCGGUUAUGUUUGUUGGGACGGCCUUUAUCGACCUGAAGCACUUGCAAGCCGCGGGUUACUCGACUAGAAAAAGCGCGCGCAAUGCCUUCUUCACUCGAUUAAGACUUCUCUAUUCCCUCGACUGCGAAGAGGAUCGCAUCGUCAUUCUCCAAACACUCUUAUUGAUGACCUACUGGUCCGACCCCGAAAACAGCCCGCAGCGAGACAUCUGGGAUUGGAUCGGAAUUUGCAACACACAAGCACACUCGAUCGGACUUAAUACAGACCCCGCGUCGAGCGAUAUGGACAUACGGACUCGACGAUUGCGAAUUCGCAUUUGGUGGUGCAUGUACUCUCGAGACCGCCUGAUCGCCAUGGGAAUGCGACGUCCACUACAAGUGAACGAGGGAACCAGUAAUGUGCCAAUGCUCAGGAUGGAGGACUUUGACUUUGAGCCAUUCUCACCUAGUGCGGUGCGUCUCUUUCGCUGUCCUCAGCUCGAAGACGUGUCCCAUCAGAAGCGUCUGGCAACCAUGUUCAUUGAGAAAUCGAAGCUUUGUCAGUGCAUCGGCCGAGUGCUUUUUGCGCAGUAUGCACCAUCACAGCGCCAGUUCGGAGCUACUGACCGCACCACCGUCACAUUGGUCCCUCGACAAGCCUCCGAGUCUGAGUUUACACGAUGCACUCAGAAACUUGACUCGUGGCUGAGCGCUCUUCCAAAAGAUGCCCAGUUUAUCCCGCAAUCGAAAAGCAACUUCCGCGAUGGCGAGGAUGUGCUCCUCUUGCACGGCGCCAUGCUUCGCAUGCUCUUCCAUGCAACUACUAGCGCGCUGCACCGACCCUGGGCAGCCCUCUCGAAAGACCAGUCAAAGUCUCGCCUUGAGAUGCGCAGUAUUGCUCGCUCCAAGAUGCAAGAAGCCGCCGCUGGCAUCACACACAUCAUUCAAGGCCUCAACCAACUCAACCUUACCCGAUUCCUACCCCAAUCCGGUGUGACGGUAAUCCUCCCAGCCGCAGUCGCCCAUCUAUCAAAUUCAAUGUCGGACAAUCCCGCCGUACGGGAAAGCAGCAUCUCCAACUUCCACCGCUGCAUCCAAGUCCUGCACUGUCUUAAAGACAUCUACCCAGCGGCCAACAUCGAAUUCGCCAACCUCGAAGCAGCAACAAAGAUGCAAUCUGGUAACUGCAACUCCAACACUUUCUUCCAAAUAAUGAAAUACAAUUUCGCAUCACCCACACCACCAAUCUACAACCACUCAACAACAAGAACCCCAGAGUCCACCGCCGAAACCCCGCGCGCAAGAACACAACCCACACCACCCACACACGAAGACCAGCGCAAACUUAGCACCACCUCCGUCUUUGAACCAUCCGACGAAACACGACGCCCAUUCCCAAAUGACUUCGACGACCACUUCGCCGAAACAAGCACCCUCACAAACCCCCUCAACUUCUUUUCUAUCGACUUCGACUCUUUCCCCGAUAUGUCCGAUUCCCUCGAACGAGAUAUCUCUCCCUCCAACGAGCUGGACAGUAUUGACUGGACACAAGCUUUAUUCCGAGGGACAUUACAAGAAACCGAUAAAGAUAUCCCUUUUGAUGAGGCUAAGGAACACCGCCAGGAGCGGGAGCAGGCGCAAGACCUCUUCGCCUUUCCAUUGAAUGAUGAUAGAGACUCGGGGUUGCGAGCUGCUACUGCGCAUCAUGAUAUUACGGGUGAUUUGGAUCGUGAUUUGGGGUUCCGGACUGGGGAUGAUGGAUUUUAG